AUGAACAACCUGCAGGAUUAUGUGGCUUCAUCUCUUCCUAUUUCACCAGAUAGAACUCUUCCUGGAGACAGCAAUGAGAGGCAUGGCAAUCCAGGUUAUGGAGAUUCAACCUAUUCUCAUCGUCAGAAAAAUAAUGCCGAGAGGGGAAAGGGGCCUGAAAUCGAAUUGCAGAGGCAGCAGGCAGAGCAACCAGACGCGCCUGCACACAGCCCCAGCAACCCGGAGUGUCUCCGGGUUUUUCGAGACCGCAUCCAGUCCAAAUGCGCAGCGUCCUGGGCUGGAAGAAAAAGACGCGUCUUACGAAAGCAGCUAGACUUCCGUAAGGUGAAGGCGAAAUCGGCAAGGAAAAUCCUCCUACCUGAGGUGCUGGGGUGUUGGAAGUCUUUGAAGAAGUGUGGAGCUAAUAGCCCAUAUAUAAUUCGGGAGAAGAAAUCUUCAAUGGAAGACCCCCGGGGGAUAAAUGGACAGUCUGUGCAAACAUCUCAAACCAGUUCAGAUGUUGCUGUUUCCUCAAGUUGCAGGUCUAUGGAAAUGCAGGAUCUAACCAGCCCGCAUAGCCGUCUGAGUGGUAGUAGUGAAUCCCCCAAACUCGAUAACUCUCAUAUAAAUAGUAAUUCCAUGACUCCCAAUGGCACCGAAGUUAAAACAGAGCCAAUGAGCAGCAGUGAAAUAGUUUCAACAACAGCAGACGGGUCUUUAGACAAUUUCUCAGGUUCAGCCAUUGGGAGCAGCAGCUUCAGCCCAAGACCAACUCACCAGUUCUCCCCACCACAGAUUUAUCCUUCCAACAGACCAUACCCACAUAUUCUUCCUACCCCUUCCUCACAAACUAUGGCUGCAUAUGGGCAAACACAGUUUACUACAGGAAUGCAACAAGCUACAGCCUACGCCACGUACCCACAGCCGGGACAGCCCUAUGGAAUCUCCUCCUAUGGUGCAUUGUGGGCAGGCAUCAAGACUGAAGGUGGAUUGUCACAAUCUCAAUCACCUGGGCAGACAGGAUUUCUCAGCUAUGGCACGAGCUUUGGGACCCCUCAACCUGGACAGGCACCGUACAGCUACCAGAUGCAAGGUCUCAGUUUUACAACAUCAUCAGGAUUAUAUACAGGAAAUAAUUCACUCACAAAUUCCUCUGGAUUUAACAGCUCACAGCAGGACUAUCCAUCUUAUCCCAGUUUCGGCCAGGGUCAGUAUGCACAGUAUUAUAACAGCUCACCGUAUCCAGCACAUUACAUGACGGGUAGCAACAGCAGUCCAACAACGCCGUCCACGAAUGCCACUUACCAGCUUCAGGAGCCACCAUCUGGCAUUACCAGCCAAGCAGUUACAGAUCCCGCAGCAGAGUACGGUACAAUCCACAGCCCGUCAACACCUAUUAAAGAUUCAGAUUCUGAUCGAUUGCGUCGAGGUUCAGAUGGGAAGUCACGUGGACGGGGCCGAAGAAACAAUAACCCUUCUCCUCCUCCGGAUUCUGAUCUUGAGAGGGUAUUCAUCUGGGACUUGGACGAGACAAUCAUUGUUUUCCAUUCCUUGCUCACUGGGUCCUAUGCCAACAGAUAUGGGAGGGAUCCACCUACUUCAGUUUCCCUUGGAUUGCGAAUGGAAGAAAUGAUUUUCAACUUGGCCGACACACAUCUAUUUUUUAAUGAUUUAGAAGAAUGUGACCAAGUUCACAUAGACGAUGUCUCUUCCGAUGACAAUGGACAAGACCUAAGCACAUAUAACUUUGGAACAGAUGGCUUUCCUGCUGCAGCAACCAGUGCUAAUUUAUGCUUGGCAACCGGUGUGCGGGGCGGUGUAGACUGGAUGAGAAAGUUGGCCUUCCGCUACAGACGAGUAAAAGAGAUCUACAAUACCUACAAAAAUAAUGUUGGAGGUCUGCUUGGUCCAGCCAAGAGGGAAGCCUGGUUGCAGCUGAGGGCUGAAAUUGAAGCCCUGACAGACUCCUGGUUGACACUGGCCCUGAAAGCCCUCACGCUCAUUCACUCCCGAGCAAACUGUGUGAGUAUUUUAGUAACGACUACUCAGCUUAUCCCGGCGCUGGCGAAGGUGCUGCUGUACGGGUUAGGGACUGUGUUUCCAAUAGAGAACAUUUACAGUGCGACUAAAAUAGGAAAGGAAAGCUGUUUUGAGAGAAUAAUUCAGAGGUUUGGAAGAAAAGUAGUGUAUGUUGUCAUAGGAGAUGGUGUGGAAGAGGAACAAGGGGCAAAAAAGCACGCCAUGCCCUUCUGGAGGGUCUCCAGUCACUCGGACCUCAUGGCCCUACAUCACGCCCUGGAACUGGAGUACCUGUAA